AAAAGUGGCAACCCUACCGAAACAUAUGUUCUUUCAUGCUAAAGUGGCUUGGCAUCUGUUUGCUUGUUGAGUCUGACCGUGCAUUAAGCAUCAUCAGCAAGUAACCUCAAAGCGGCGACUUAUUUACUCUUACUUAUUUGUUAAACUCGCACAAUGAGUCGGAACUACAAGGAAGACCAGACUAACGAGGUCGAGGCGCUGGACUCCAUAUAUUGCGGCGAAAUGGAAAUUCUCGCCACGGAGCCCUUUCACAAAUUCCAAAUUCCGAUUGCCACGGAGGAGUACAACCCGGAGGAACCAGAAAAUGGAUUGUCCUGCAAACUGGUAUUCACAUACACAGCGAACUAUCCGGAUGGUGCACCUGUGGUGGAAAUCGAGGAGCCCGAAAACUUUGAGGACUCCUUUGACAAACGCCUGCUGGAACACCUGCAAAAGACAAUCGAGGAGAAUCUGGGCAUGGAAAUGAUCUUCUCGCUAGUCAGCAGCGCUCAGGAGUGGCUGAACGAGCGGUGGGACGAGCACAAGUUUCACCAGGAGGAGCUGCGGGAGCAAAAGCUUCGGGAGGUCGAGGAGGAGGAGCGCAAGAAAUUCGAGGGCACCCGGGUGACGGUAGAGUCCUUUAUGACGUGGAAACUAGACUUCGAGGAGAGCACUGGCAUUGCGGCCAAGCGGGAGAAGAACAAUGUGUCCAAAAAGCAGACCGGACGCGAACUGUUCAUGUGCGACAACUCGCUCAAUGAUUCGGACAUCAAGUUCCUUCUAGAGGCGGGUGAAAAUAUCGAGAAUGUCAAAAUCGAUGAGGCCCUGUUCCAGGAUCUCGGCGAACUAGAUUUGGAUGAUGAUGACGAUGAGGAUUGGGUGCCCGGGGCCGACGACGACGAUGACUAAGCUAUAGAUUGAAAAAUGCUUCUCAAAGGCAUAUUCGUGUGUAUUGUAAAUAACAUUAAAUGCCAACACUUUAUUAAUCUAA